GUAUUGUCUGGCCUUUGGGCCCGGUAUAUCUGUGGCCCCGUUUGUGCCAUCUGUAGUGGAAUUACAUAAUUUCUCCCUUUACCAGUGAUGGCUGGUAUGCUCACUUUUUCUUCGCGGAAUCUUCCGCAGAAUGUACUGAGGCUAACGUCGAAAGUAUUUGAAAUAAAAAGUUUUCAGGUGAGCUUGAAAUCACGAUCUUAUCACCAAGGACGAGCGUGUAAUAAAUGGGCGCGACAUGUUUGUGUACAACGUUUCAAACAAAAUGGUCAACGAACAAAAUGCCACCAACAUUGGUACCCUGUUUUACGACAUUUUCAGUCAUCCGCUGCUUUAUGUGAUGAAAUAAAAAUAGUGACCGUUCCUCAAUUUGCAGAGUCAGUUUCGGAAGGAGAUGUGAGGUGGGAGAAAGCUGUGGGAGAUACCGUAGCUGAAGAUGAAGUUGUGUUAGAAAUUGAAACAGAUAAGACUUCGGUCCCCGUUCCUGCACCAGGUGCUGGUGUUAUAGAAGAACGUUUUGUGGAUGAUGGAGCCACUGUUAAGACUGGAGAGAAACUCUUCAAGCUUAAGCUUAUAGCGGGAGGAGUUGCUGCUGCUCCAGCAAAGAAGAAAGAAGCUGUGGCGGCGGAACCUAGCCCCCCUCCGCCACCGGCAGCUGCGGCAGCUCCUCCACCUCCGCCGCGACCUCCACCGCCACCUCCUCCACCUCCACCCCAAGGACCAAUUUCUUCGAUCCCAGUGGCUGCUAUCCGACAUGCUCAAGCCAUCGAAGCUGCAACUGUUAAGCUGCCACCUGCAGAUCCUACAUCUGAAAUUACUGGAACACGAUCUGAACAGCGAGUCAAGAUGAAUCGAAUGAGGCAGCGUAUAGCACAGCGUCUCAAAGAGGCUCAAAACACAAAUGCUAUGCUUACUACAUUUAAUGAGAUUGAUAUGAGUAACAUUAUGGAGUUCCGGAAAGCUCACUUGGAAGCAUUCCAGAAAAAAUACAGUAUCAAGUUUGGCUUCAUGUCUGCGUUUGUCAAAGCAGCUGCUUUCGCGCUACAGGACCAACCAGUUGUGAAUGCAGUAAUCGAUGGCAGUGAAAUAAUAUACCGUGAUUAUGUGGAUAUCUCUGUUGCUGUGGCCACUCCCAAGGGUUUAGUCGUACCAGUAGUACGAAACGUAGAAUCAAUGAAUUAUGCCGAAAUUGAACUGGCAAUCGCUGCCCUGGGAGAAAAGGCGAAGAAGGGUGCAUUAGCUGUUGAAGAUAUGGAUGGAGGAACAUUCACCAUCAGUAAUGGUGGUGUGUUUGGUUCCCUGAUGGGAACACCCAUCAUCAAUCCUCCUCAAUCAGCUAUUCUAGGCAUGCAUGCAAUUUUUGACAGACCUGUGGCCAUAAAAGGACAGGUUGUCAUCAGGCCUAUGAUGUAUGUUGCGUUAACAUACGAUCAUCGUCUUGUCGAUGGGCGUGAAGCAGUUCUUUUCCUGCGUAAAAUCAAAGCAGCGGUGGAAGACCCAAGGACAAUUUUGCUGGGUAUAUAGAUUGAUAUUGGUUUUGACACUGAAGAUCCUAAGAAGUGAAUUUUGUUACUGCAAGACAGUGGCAUCGUGUAAAACCAUGCAUUCAUUUGGAUGGAAAGGGUUUUUUUUCCAGAUGUACUACGUAGAGUAUCUGCAGAGGACUCUCAGUAGUAAUGUAGAGCAGUUUUGAAACUUAUUUAUUUUGUGAGCCUUACCCUUCCUUGUUCGUCCAACAGUUGUGGUUUACGGCGUCUUUAAUGGACGUUGGCUGCUGUUGUGUUGCUGUGUCGAUGCUUUCAAGGUGAGGGGUUCACUUUUUAACUAUUAUGCUUGGAGUAAAGUUGAUGGCGCAUGGAAAGUUGCGAAUUGAAUUUUAUUUCAUGUAAUUAUACCACCUUAAAUAAAUCGGAAGUCGGGAAAGCUCAACAUGUUUUUAAUUUAAAAUAUUGAAAUUAGAUUGUUGACCAUGUUAACAAUUUUUUGCUGUGAUUAAAAUGGCCCUGUAACCUCUGUAAUCAGUAAUAAUUUAUAGUCUGUAAAUGUUCAUAUUUCUUUAGAAAGAUGUUUUGAUGGGGUGGUAUACAGCGUAGAACGUGGGUGGUUAGUCCCCUCUUUCUUUCACUUUCAUUACAGGGUAUGGUUGAAGACUUAGAUUGUAAUUUUAGAUAUUUUCUGCAGAUGUAAUGAAUAUUGUUGUGUUCUGACAUUUGUUAUCCUCUGAUUCUGGAAUGGUUUGUAAGUAAUUCUGAAUGCCACUCUUAAAAGGAGAAAGAUUUGUAUUACUCCGUGUGGCAUUUGAUAAUAAUUUAUUUUCCUGAAUGCAAUUUACAAAUUUGCAUAAAUUUGAAAUUUGAAAAAUUCGUAACAGUUAAAAUUUUGUAACAUCAUAUAUCUCAUAUCAUUGACACUUCUCACUUGUUAAUGUAAAAUAAACUUUGUAAAUAAAACUCACAUUUGGAAAAGGUUAUAAUUAUGUAAUGAAAUCGAGUACUUAAUAUUCAAGAUUAUAUUCUUAACUUUA